AUGGCGGAAGUCCGGGUUCCACUGACAAUCACAUCUGCCGAACUAAUGGAAAGGUGCAGAAAACGGAUCGACAAUCCGGCGGAGUUUGUUGAGAUAUUUGACGAGAAGGUGAAGCCGCCCAGUUUGCCGGAAUCGCCAAAAGGGGAUAAAUUGCCACCAGAAAAGCUGCAAAAUUUCUGUUAUAACAGUACAAUUGCAUUGAUUCGUGGAUUAACGCAGACGUUAAAAAUGGAUCUUUCGCUAUUCUCAACGAAAUCCCUUUUGGAAAUUGCACCCGAACAUGAGGUAGAAAUACGAUCGCAGUAUCUGAUGCCCAGUGAUCAAAAUGUGGAUCAUCUUGGACAACCGACAUGGGAAUGCCAUAGCACACGUGGUGGUGUUAAUUCAACGGAUAUUGCAAAUGGAUCGUCAAAACGUCGGCGAGCCUCUGGUUUCGAGGAAUCUCAGAUGCCAAUGAAACUGAUCAAAUUUGGAACAAAUGUUGAUCUAUCGGAUGAUAUUAAGUUCAAGCGGAAAUUAAAUUUUCUGAAAGGUUCAUGGUGGCCAGAUAUUGAUGAGCUGUUGGAAGCAAAUAUCCCGGUACAUCGAUUCACACAAAAAGCAGGCGAUGUUGUUUGG